AUGGAUAUCAAGAACUCCUCACCUCUUUUUGAGUCCGGUGCUAGCACGCCGAUACCUUCUGCACCCAACGUCGUCUUGCACGGUGCAGCCUCAGGCGGUAGCCUGAACAGUGUAGUUACGCAGGUUGAGCCAGAAUUCUCACUGAGUACGCCUUUAUCAAAAGAUCCGGGGAAUAUGCACUGCCAAGAUGUUGAGAAAGCCUCUCCUGAUCCUCACAACGAUGCUAUCCAAGAUAUGGCUCAGGCAAGGGAGUCAAGUUUGGUCGACUGGAAUGGGCCCUCAGACCCAGAAAACCCGAUGAAUUGGUCGAUGGCGAAAAAGUGGUACAUCACCAUGAUGUUGUCGACCUUAACAUUCUGCAUCACCUUUUCGAGCAGCAUUUUUAGUCAAGCAACUGGGGUUACUGCUAAAGUCUUUAAUGUUUCUACUGAAGUAACUACCCUGGCAACAAGCCUUGUGGUCCUAGGGUUUGCUCUUGGUCCAUUAGUAUUCGGACCGCUCUCCGAGUUAUAUGGCCGGACGAGACCUCUUUUCAUCGGGUUUGCUAUUUCAGCGCUAUUCCAGAUUCCAGUUGGACUUGCUCAGAAUAUUGAGACGAUAUUAGUUUGCCGAUUUUUCGUGGGGGUAUUUGGUUCUGCUUGCAUGGCCAUAGUGGGCGGUGUUUUUGUGGAUUUAUGGGACCCUGUUAACCGUGGCGUAGCUGGGGCCACAUUUGCGUCAUCUACGUUCAUUGGUCCGAUUGCGGGGCCUAUUGUUGGUGGAUUCAUUGUCCACUCCAGCCUGGGAUGGCGUUGGACGGCUUGGGUGACCCUUAUUCUCGACGUCGUCAUCGGUUGCGUCGCCGCAUUUACUAUCCCGGAAACGUUUGGGCCGCUUCUGCUGCAACAUCGUGCUAGGCGACUAAGGAAGGAAACAGGGAACCUGAGUCUGCGCGCUGCCCUAAGCGAUACGCACCCAACGAUGCAAGAAAUAAUAGUCAAAUAUUUCUAUCGCCCGCUGAAAAUGCUAGUUCUGGAGCCAAUCCUGCUCCUGAUCACGCUAUACCUCGCCAUCACGUAUGGCAUACUCUAUCUUUUCUUCUUUGCUUAUCCGAUUUCAUUUCAAGUGGUCCGUGGCUGGAAACAUCCCGGCGUAGCGGCCCUUCCUUUUCUUGGGCUCUUCGUUGGCAUUCUCUUUGGAAGUAUGUUUGUUAUCUAUAUGACGAAGACCAGGUUUGCCCGUAAGAUGGAGGAAACCGGAUUCGUCGUUCCCGAGGAGCGCCUACCCCCUAUGAUUAUUGCUGCAUUUGUUUUCCCUGCUGGCCUUUUCUGGUUUUCGUGGACCUCCUUUCCGACGAUAUCAUGGGUGCCACAGGUUCUUGCCGGAAUACCGACUGGAUUCGGGCUCAUUGUUAUCUUUCUGCAGGGCCUUAACUACCUUACCGAUAUUUAUAUGAUUUUUACUAAUUCUGCAUUUGCUGCGAACACACUCAUCCGCAGUGGGUUUGGUGCUGCCUUCCCACUGUUUGCAGCACAAAUGUUCCAUAAACUUGGCGUUCAGUGGGCUGGGUCGAUUCUUGCCUUUUUGACGGUGGCGAUGAUUCCAGUGCCAAUGUUGUUUUAUGUUUAUGGAAAAAAGAUCAGGGCAAUGAGUCGGUUCAGCCCCAGACUAUAG